UUAAGUAGGCUGUAGAUCGAGAGCUGGGAUUAGAAGGUAAUAGUCCCGGCAGUACUACUUUUCGAUCAAUCGCAGGUAAAGAUCGAUAGAGCAUCUCUAUCGAUAGAUCUCUCUGAGAACAAGGCAGAGAAAACUGCUCUGAAAAUAAGAAAAUGAAACAAGGUGCCAAUAAGGGAGAUGUUCUAAGUGAAGAACAGAUUGCUGAGUUUCAGGACGCUUUCUGUCUGUUUGACAAGGAUGGAGAUGGAUGCAUUACAAUCGAAGAACUUGCCACCGCAAUUAAAUCAGUGGAUCAAAAUCCGACGGCAGAAGAACUGCAGAACAUGAUAAGCGAAGUUGAUAUUGACGGCAACGGAACCAUAGAAUUUGGGGAGUUCCUCAAUGUCAUGGUGACGAAAAUGAAGGAAAAUGACGCGGACGAGGAAUUGAAAGAAGCUUUCAAAGUGUUCGAUAAGGAUCAAGAUGGCUACAUUUCACCUAAAGAGUUGAGGAAUGUGAUGAUUAAUCUGGGAGAAAGAUUGACAGAUGAAGAGGUAGAGCAAAUGAUCAGAGAAGCUGAUUUGGAUGGUGAUGGCUUAGUCAAUUAUGAAGAAUUUGUGAGAAUGAUGUUAGCUGCUUUUUGAUGAUUCAUUUAGAUAAAUUAUAUAUCUAGUUCCGUGUAAUUAUCAAAUUAUAUACACCUGACGGGAAAAUAACACGAUUAAUCACUAGUAGAAGUAUGAAGCGCUUUGUAUAUAUAAUACCAUUAAGCAUGUCUGAAUCCCAUGUCAGGAGGACUUUGGUCAAAGUCCCAUGACAUGGGUUAUAUUUUCGACUUUUGAGUGAUAUUAAAUAUUAAAAAGAAAUUUAUUAAAAAUAAUAA